AUGAUCACCAUGAACGAGCUCGUCGAUCUGCGCAUGCAGCAGCAUAUCGCACACGAGAUUUAUCGCCAGCAGAUAAUGCAACGCAUACCGGAUCCAUUUCCACCGAUGCUGCCCAUACCAAUGCCCCGUCACGUGAUAAUGCCGCCACGUGUCUCAUUGCCCGGCGUGGAUUUGACGCUGCAGAACGACGAGCUCUGGAAGCAAUUCCAUCAGAUUGGCACCGAAAUGAUCAUCACAAAGAGCGGCAGACGCAUGUUUCCCUCGAUGCGCUUGAGCGUUUCAGGCCUGGAGGAUGAGACGAACUAUUGUGUCCUGCUGGAAAUGGUGCCCAUUGGCGACUGUCGCUACAAGUUCUCCGGCUCGCAGUGGGUGCCAGCUGGCGGUGCCGAGCCACAGAGUCCACAGCGCAUGUAUCUGCAUCCGGAUAGCCCGGCGACGGGCGCCCAUUGGCAGGCCCAACCCAUACUGUUCAACAAGGUGAAGCUGACGAACAAUACGCUGGACAACAGCGGUCAUAUUGUUUUGGCCAGCAUGCACAAGUAUCAGCCACGUUUGCAUGUCAUACGCACCGCUGAUCUGGCGCAGAUACCUUGGGCGCCGCAGCAGGCUUUUGUUUUUGCCGAGACGGAAUUUGUGGCAGUGACAGCGUACCAGAAUGAUCGCAUCACAAAACUGAAGAUCGACAACAAUCCGUUUGCGAAGGGCUUCCGCGAAACGGGACAAUCGCGCUGCAAACGCAAAAUGUCUUCAUCGCCAACCGAUGAUGAUGAUCAAGAUCAGACGCAUUCGCAUUCGCAUUCACAAUCCUCCGGUUCGCUUGACAUGUCGCCAGGCAAAUCUACAACGACAGCCGCCGCCGCAACAGCAGCAGCAGCAGCAGAAGCAACAACAUCGAACAACAGCGAACAGGAUGGGCCGCAAAUUAAGCGCCUGAGAUCAAAUGGUUCCGCCUGUUCGUUAUCGUCAUCGCUGGACGAGGCUGUGCCUCUGCCUCUGCCACUGCCUCUGCCAGUGUCGGCGGCUGGCGCCAACUCGAUUGGAUUGCCUCCCGGCGCCAACAGCACGUUCAUGCAGCAUUUUCAGCAGAACAUGCAGACACUGCUGCGACCCUCGCUGGUCGAUCUCGCAUGCACAUACUUCGGCCGGCCACCACACGAGUACAAUGCUGCCACAGCAUCCACAUCGCAUUUGUAUCCGCCAACGUCCAUUUUGCAUACGGCAUUGCCCACACUUCCGGCACUCACCCUACCCCACAGCGUAUCCGUUCAGCCAACGGAUGAGACGACAUCUGAUGAACUGGAGCUAGAUGUUGGCAGUGAGACUACAACAACAACAGCAACAACAACACAUUCACCACUCGAACAGCAACAACCGCCCGAGGCACCCACCAAGCGUAAAGGUUUCAGCAUAUCUGCCAUUUUGGGCGGUCGCAGCUAGUUGCAAAAGAUACAUUUAAGUUUCUCUAGUUGUAGUUAUUGCCUUUGAUAUUAUAAUAGUGUACAAGUGUAAGCUGAAUUUCGCCUGAUUAC